CUUUUGAUGAAACCCUAUGCCCAAAUGCCAAAUCUGAGAGUCUGAGUAGAACCCCCCUAACCCAGCCAGUCUCUGUGCUCUCUCCGUCUCUAGCUCGGCAGUCGGAACUCAGUACUCAGUAGUCCCUCUCUCGUCUCUCCCCUCACCUCGACAGUCGUCACUCUCAGUCUCUCACGGCCUCACCUCGUCGCUCUCUCAAUCUCUCACCUCGUCCACUCACAUUGGUCGUCGUCGCGGUCCCGUGCCCCUGCGCUCGCUUUGCUGGCGGCAGAAGCAGACGGAACCGCAUCUGGUCCCUCAGGUGGUGGUGGUGGUCAUCUUCUUGCUUCUCACGGUCUGUCUCGCACCUGGUCUCGAUCUCUCCCUUCCCCGCGCUCUUCGUCGCCGGUAAUAGAGGCAACGGAUCCCAGUGCGCUGGUCUUCGUUGUCGUCUUCUUGCUUCGAGCCUUGCCGUCAGCUUCUCCCUCGUCAUCAGCUUCUCCUUCGCCGUCAGAUUCCUUCGUGGUUCGUGCAACCCAAUUUGCAUUUGUUGCAAGGUAUUGACUAGGUUCUGAAAACCGGUUCGAACUGGUCGAACCGUAUACCAAAGGGAAUAAUGAUUCGGACAGACGCUGAAAUCGGAGAUUUGAAAAACUGAUGUUGGACUUUCAAACCGGCCGGAAACCGGUUGGUUGAACCGAAUCGGGAUCCGGCUGGUUUUCUAAAUUUUGCAAAAAACGCUGUCGUUUUGGAUGCUGAUGCCCUAGCCAAUUACCCAACCCAGCAACCCUAGCUCCACACAACGGCUAAACGCGAACCCAUCCCUCCCAUGUCCCUCGAGCUCCUCCUUCCUCUCACCCUCAUCGAUCUCACUCCCUCACCUCCGUCCAGCUCACGCCGCCGUCGUCGAAACGAGCUUCGAAGCCACUGUCGUUAUCGUACAGCUCUGUUCCACCAUCGUGCAGCUACUGUUUCAGCUUUGAAAACACCGUCACCGGGUUCGCCUCCUACCUCCGUCGCGCAGCUCUGUUCCAUCGUCGCCGGCGCCAUCUCUGUUCCACCGGUCAGCCCUUCGGUCGUGCCCUUGUCUCCCUCUUGCUCAAGAUCUGCCCUGCUCUGUUCUAGGCUUCUAGCUUCUAGAAGGUGAUGGGGUCUUCAGGCUUGAAACCUUUGACAUGGAAACUAAGUGUUGCACGUGGGGUAUAGCUGAUGUGAGAGGCAACAGAGGGAAAGGAAGACCACUGAAUAAGAAGCAAAGAGAAUGGCGUUUAAGCACUCCCCUUUCAUUACGUUUAGUUAUUUGUUCAUGAUUUUCUGCACCCCCCUCAGCUCUCGUCACUGCCACAGAGAGAAGCUGAAUCUCUCUGCCCUGCAUCGUUCCGCCGCUCGCGCCGCUCUCUGCACUGCCGCGAGCUCAGCCAGCCACCACCAACUCUGGGCGGCACUACUUCUGCUCUUCUUCCCCUUUCCAUUUCCCAGUCUGUCUCUGCUACAUUCCAGGCUUCGUUGCUACAAUGUGAUUGUUAAUUGCCUAAUUGGAAUUGAUUCUGGACCACGAUGAACCAUAUCGCAACUUCGAACCAUUUGUCACAUUCAUUCUUGUCUCAAUAGACCAAAUCACAUGCUCACAAGACUUAUUCAUCGUCGUGGUCCAUUGAUUUCGUCUUUACAACAACUACAAUGUCUUUCUCUUCUCCACCGAACCUUCUCCCUGUGGUCCAUGAAGAAAGAUCCAGACCUCGAAUCCGUGCUCUCCCGCAACCGCCGCUGGAUUGUCAACAACCAGAUCAAGAACAUCAUCCUCCGCUAUCCAAACCAAGAGAUCCCCAUUGCAUCCCUUCAGAAGAAGUUGAAAACCCUUGACCUCAAAGGCAAAGCCCUCAACUGGCUCCACAAGUACCCUUCCUGCUUCGAUGUUACUUUCACCGGCGAUGAACACCGCUGUCACCUCUCCAAGCGCAUGAUGAGCCUUGUCGAAGAGGAGGAAUCUGUUAGGGAGUCUCAAGAAAAUGCUUUCGUUUGCAGGUUAGCAAAAUUACUUAUGAUGAGCGUCAACAAGAGGAUUAAUGUUCUGAAAAUCAAUGAGCUGAAAAGGAAUUUAGGAUUUCCCGAUGAUUACGUGAUUAGGAUUGUUGCAAAGUACCCAAAUUUGUUCCGUGUUGUUAAUGAGGGUGGGAGGAGGAGCUCUAUGGAGAUUGAAUUGAUUCACUGGGACCCUGAAUUUGCUGUAUCCACAGUGGAGGUUGCAGCCAGGAGGAGCGGCAAUACAAGGCCAACAUUCUCGUGUUCUUUGCCUUUCAGUUGGGUGAAAUCAUGGGAGAGAUUCCGUGAAUUCGAUUUGGUUCCUUACUUUUCGCCUUACAUGGACCAUAGGGAAUUGGUGGAGGGAUCGAAAGAGAUGGAGAAGAGGAAUGUGGGAUUGGUACAUGAGGUGUUGUCUUUGACUCUUUGGAAGAAAGCCUCAAUAGUGAAGUUGGGUCAUUUUAGGAGAGAGUUUGCUUUGCCUGAUAGGUUGAAUGUGUUGUUGCUCAAGCACCCUGGGAUUUUCUAUGUUUCCAACAAAUAUCAGAUUUACACAGUUCUUCUUAGGGAGGCGUAUGUUGGGUCUGAACUUGUUGAAAAGGAUCCUUUGGUUGUUGUGAAGGAGAAAUUUGGGGAACUGAUGCAGGAAGGGCUUCAUGAGUACAAUCAGAGGCGGCGUCUCAUAAAUAUGGAGAAGAGGAGGAAGAAAGGUGUUCCUUUGGCUAGAGUAGAUGAAGUAAGGUGUAGGAGGAGAAGAAGCGAAAAUGCUGACUCAGAUGAUGAUAAGGAUGGAAACAAUAAGCCGGGAGGUUUGUUUGACCCCGAGGAAAGGAAACGGUUUUAUAAAGUUCUGUUUGAUGAUGAUACUUCAUGAAAUUCUGAGCAGUGUGUGUGUGAUAAUCUAAGUUUGCGCAUUUGGUU